UCUGGUUCAGGAUGGGGUCCUCUGUGUCGGGAUGACGUGUUUUUCAGCUCAUUCUUUUGCUUCCGGGUUUGCACAGUGUUGCCAGACAGGCAAGUCGUAGAGAAAAUGUCAAAGGUUACGUUUAAAAUCACUCUUACUUCGGAUCCGAGACUGCCAUACAAAGUACUUAGUGUUCCAGAAAGCACACCUUUCACAGCGGUUUUAAAAUUUGCAGCAGAAGAGUUUAAAGUUCCUGCAGCAACAAGUGCGAUCAUAACAAAUGAUGGAAUUGGAAUCAAUCCAGCUCAAACAGCAGGGAAUGUGUUCCUAAAGCAUGGAUCAGAACUUCGGAUUAUUCCCAGGGAUAGAGUCGGAAGCUGCUUACCAACGAGGGAUUGAUUCUUCAAAGAAAGGGGAACAUUUUCACAUAACAUUUUAAACAAUGUAUUUAUUAUGGGACUAAUCCUCCCCUGCCCAUUCACAUACAGUAUACCGUACAGCUCUGUUGAGUGUCCUUAACCGCAAAUAAUGUAUACAAAAAUCCAGGUCUCCAGAAGUUUAGAGACAUCGCACAGAAGAAUGAAACCUAAAAAAAUAUUUAGGGACAGAAUUUAAGAACAUCUAUUCCACAUUCUGGUACUCGACUACAGAUAUUUUUUUUUGUUGAUUUCAGAUCUUACUUUUAUUUGGGAUUAUUUCAAUGGUUUUGAUUUAAUACAGAUUUAAAGCUAAGCAUCUUAAGUUAUAAUGCCCAUAUUAGUGUUCCAACUAAAGAGUUUCAUCUUUGUUGAUGGUAUCAAUUAAUCUGACAUAAUAUUGACAUGUAUCCAAUGUCUCCCCUCUUUAAUUUAAAAUAAAUAAACAAGAUAUUGUCUACAAAUCAAAUAUGAAUAUGCAAAAUCCAUUUGAAAGGCAAUGGAGUUGUAAAUGACAUUUUAACGUAGGGCCCUGUUACAAAGUAUUGAAAGACAAGUGUAUGUAGCCGUGAAAUAUCUUGUAAGAUUUAUGUAUGUCCAGAAUAUGUGGGGUUUUUUUGGAAUGUAAAAUGGUAUUGCAGUUUUAACUGCUGUUAGACUUACCACAAUAGUGAUUAACAGUUUACACAAAAUGUGACCUUUUUUAACAGUAAUAUUUUAUUCCCAAAAUAAAGUAAAAUUCAACCCUA